AUGGUCAACUUCAUCUCUUUGAGUGAUUUGAAUACUAAGAUUCAAUUCCCUGCAAUACGUGUUAAGAUAAUCAGGAAAUGGAGUGCGAAGUUGGGAAGAAAUCAUCAUUCAGUCAUGCUUUUAGGAGAUGAAGAAGGAGUAACAAUUGAAGGAAGCUUAAACUCUACUUUGUCUCUACCUAAAGAGAUUGAGCUGAAAGAAGGUGACUGGGUUGAGAUACUCAAUUUCCAGAUAAGUCAUGUGUUUGAGUUUUUUAGAUCCACAAAGCACAAAUACACAAUCAAGUUCAAUGAAUCGACUUUGUUUAGAAAGAUAGAACCAGUCAACUGUUCUACAUUUCUAUGUUGUGCAAACUUUCGUGCUAUCAAGCGGGGGCUUUAUCAUCCUAUGUACAGUGUUGGAGAUCUUAUAGCUAAUAAGCUAGCUCAAGCUGCCAACAUCUACAAUCCUAUUUUAUAUUCAUUGGAGUUCUCCUUAAUAAAUCUUGGGUUCACUCAUAUCAAGUGUGUUGCUUAUGGAGCCCUAGCCCAUAGUUUAAAUGCAUUCUGGCGUUCUAAUACUGCAGAACUUGUAGUAUGUGUUUUAAGGUUAUGGCGAAUUGAGUGGAGAGCAGGUGGUCUCACAUAUGUAACAAACAUGGAAUAUGGUUCUGAUAUUCUUUUUGAUACUGACAUCCCCGAGAUUCAGUUCUUCAAAUCACAGAUUCCAACCAUCGAUUUCUGA